AUGUCUAAAGUCGUGUUGGCGUUAAACUGCUGUGUUGCACAGUGUGAGGCGGGUGUGAAACUCAUUUUCAAGAAGGAAACAAAAGGCUAGAAAAACAGAGCUGUGCACUUUGAGCAAGACAAGGAAGUGUUUGGAAAAUGCCUCUUUCUUUCCCGUCAAGCUGUGAAGAAACACUUUUAUAACACCGUAGUCGUCUUCAAACAUCAGAGCCGUGGUUUCCAGCUCCCACCCUUUGGACAACCUGCUGGUUUUCAUUACAGCUGCUUUGAAACUGAUUUACACCUGUGAGGCGAGGUGGAGGAAAACAGCAUUUCUCUGUGCGCUGAGGGGUGGAGCUGUAGGUUUGACGGCGUGGUGACCUUCAAGACACAAUCGUGCGUGGUAUGUGGCGGAUGAUCAUCGCAUGGAUUUAUCCAGGACAAAUGUAUAAAGACAUUGGCAGGUUUGAGCCAAAAAAGAAGACGUCCACAGUGAAAUGACAUAAUCAAAUCUUUAAGAUGGCGUGCAGAAGCAUAUUGUAAGUAAUGUGAUCAGACGGGAAAGGGAAUGCAGACUUGCCAGCUAUAGCUUGUAUGUGAGCGCGAUGCCCAGGCGGGGGUUGCCGCUCCAGGGCCGGGUCCGCUGGCUCUUCCUUGGCCUCUUCCUGCUGCUGGUGCUACUGCUGUUUGCAUACCUCCUGGAGUGUACCCCUCCAGCAGACAUCAGCCUGGCCCUGCCCGGCAUAGCAGGGGAGAACUACGGGAAGGAGUACUACCAGGCACUGCUGCAGGAACAGGAGGAGCGCCACCUAAACCGCGCUGCCAGUCUCAAACGCCAGAUAGCCCAGCUCAAGCAGGAGCUGCAGGAAAUGAGCGAGAAGCUGAAGCUCCUGCAGGACAAAAAGGAGCUGCCUGGGGUGCAGGGCCUGACCGAGACGAAAGACCAAGAGCCGGGAGAUCUGCUGGAGUACCUCCACUCUCAAAUCGACAAGGCGGAGGUGAACACGGGGGCCCGCCUUCCCAGUGAGUACGCUUUGGUUCCCUUUGAGAGUUUCACCUCGUCCAAGGUGUACCAGCUGGAAAUGGGGCUGACGCGGCACCCGGAGGAAAAACCUGUCCGCAAAGACCGCAGGGACGAGCUGGUGGAGGUCAUCGAGGCUGCGCUGGACAUCAUCAACAACCCAGACGAGGAAGAUGGCGUGGAGGAAGACAUGCCGAUGCAGAGGCAGACCUACACAGAGGGUCACUUUUCCGAAGGACUGUACAGGACGGAGCGGGACAAAGGGACACUUUACGAGCUGUUCUUUGCUAAAGAGGAUUCCAGCAGCUUCCGUCACGUCACGCUCUUCAGGCCUUUCGGCCCCUUAAUGAAAGUCAGGAGCACAUCUGUAGAAACAUCAGGAAUGAUUAUUAACAUCAUUGUGCCGCUGGCGGGCAGAGUAGAAACAUUCUCACAGUUCUUACACAACUUCAGGGAGGUGUGCAUACAGCAGGACAGACGAGUACAUCUCACAGUGGUUUAUUUUGGGCAGGAUGGCCUACCAGAGGUGAAGUCAUCUUUGGAAAAAAUGUCAAGGGAGGAGAGCUUCUCCAAUUACACUCUGAUCCCAGUGAACGAGGAGUUUUCUCGAGGUCGGGGCCUGGAUAUUGGAGCUCACACGUGGACGAAAGGCGACGUCUUAAUGUUUUUUUGUGAUGUUGACAUCCAUUUUAACCUGGAGUUCCUCAACACCUGUCGUCUCCACAGUGCUCCAAACAAAAAAGUCUUCUAUCCAGUGGUGUUCAGUCUGUACAAUCCUGCCAUAGUCUAUGGAAAUUUGGAGCUGGCUCCACCUAUUGAACUCCAACUGAUUCACAAAAAAGAUGCUGGGUUCUGGAGAGAUUUUGGCUUUGGAAUGACGUGUCAGUAUCGCUCUGAUUUCCUAAAUAUUGGUGGUUUCGAUCUCGAAGUCAAAGGCUGGGGGGUAGAAGACGUCCACUUAUACAGAAAGUAUCUCCGGAGUGACCUGAUAGUGACUCGGACGCCCGUGUCCAGUCUUUUCCACCUGUGGCACGAGAAGCAGUGUGCAGAUGAGCUGACGCCGGAGCAGUACCGCAUGUGCAUCCAGUCCAAAGCCAUGAACGAGGCCUCCCACUCUCACCUGGGCAUGUUGGUUUUCCGUGAGGAGAUCGAGGCUCACCUACGCAAGCAGGCCUUCAAGACUCAGAGCAAAACAGAGGAGUGAACGACGUCUUUCCAACGUGACAAGACUGCAAGGUGCUGACAUUAUUGACACACUACAGCAAAGACAUGUUUACAUGGGUCCUUCUGCAUUUCACCGCACAGCUGUAGACAAAUGAAUGUACAAAAAUGAACUUUGAUCAAUGUGAAACUUCACAACACAGUACAAGUCUUACUGAACAGCUACAGCAGUAUCAAACAUGAAUAAACGAUCAAAUUUAUAAUCCAUAAUCUGCUGAUGGAAAACUUGCACAUGUGAAACAACUAAUAUAUCUCUUUAGGUUUAGGUUGACGAGUUAAAAUCAAUUCAGUAAGCAUGUUGUUAAUAUCUGGGGACACAUAACAUCUCAUUAAGCCAUCCUACCUGCAACCAGUUUCUGAUUUCUGCAUUCCAAACAGGUAUGAAACACAACCAGCUGUCAACAUUUACAAUGGCUUUUUAAUAGAAAAAAAGCAGUUACAUGCUCAAAUUAUACAACUACUCAUUUACUGGUGACAAAGAGAAGAAUAAGAAGUUGCACUUUCUUAAAAUGGAAGCUGAAAAGAAGUCGACCCCACAAGAACCAGUACGUUUCUACUAAUUCCCAGUUGUCUGCAAGUUGAGAAUCAAACAUUUUCUAGUAUAUCUGCGGUCAUGUAUGGAGCCAUACCAUUCUUUUCGUAUUAUGUUUAUAGGUUGUUUCCGAAUGUGGUUUUUAAAAAGGGACCUUUUUUUUGUGUGUUAUGUGACUGACAGUCACCAUCUUUCUUUGCUGGUGGCAUCUUUUACGUGAUCAGUUUAACAGAAGCAUGUUGAAUAAAUAGUUAAAGAGCCAGGAGCAAAGAUGUGCUUAUAGCAUGCAGUGUUAUGAUAUCAGGUCUAUGUGGACCAGUAAUAAUUGUUUAAAUAACAGAUCUGUCAUUGACACCCGGUGAGAAUCACUCACAGCACUAUUGUUUCUAAUACUGGACUGAGAUUGAAUGUUACAGUCACUCUUGUAAAUAUUUUUCUAAUGUUUCUGUUUCAUACAUGUGAGUUGAAUACUUUUGUCAUGCGUGCCUACAUGCUUUAAGUGACAUGAAGAGAUUUGUUUUGAAGAUGUGUCAUGUGAACAGCUGUAGGCCGGAUAAUUUUAUUCCAUCUCAUAAUGAGAGAGGAUGUUACAGCUGAAAGUGUUACGUUAAUGAGUACAGCGGUCAAACCGCACACAGAGCAGGUGGGACAUGCUUUUUUAUUUUUUUUUCUCAGAAUGAAAGCAGGUUAUUCUUGCAUCUCAUCAUGUACUGUAAUUAUUUUUAUUCAAUGUUUUUGCAAGUAUUACAGCUUUUUGUAGAUAGUCAUCCUGCAGGAGAAAUGUUACAUGUCUUCCUCUCAGCGGUACACAACAGUUCAAUCAGAAAGAUCCUGUGCAAAGAAAUGAUUUAUUUUGACAUUUUGGCCAUGAAAUAAAACUUACAGAAGGCUGCACUCA